AAAAUAUGAUGCUGAUUGAUCGUGAUUCUCUAUAUAUAACAAGCCUAAUUUUACUCUGUGGUAUCAAAAUGUGAUUUUUAUUUGAAUAGAACAGGUUACUAAGGUGAUGGCUAGGACAGUUUCGGCUGAUAUCAUGUGUGUUGGUCUGAAGUCCGUGAGAGAAAAAUUCACUGGUAUAAUUAGGCAACAGGAUGUUAGAGCAACUGAAAUUGACGAAGUGGAUAUGCGUUUGUCAUUUCGUCCCGGUGAUAUUGUCAGAGCUAUGGCGCUAUCUCUUGGAGAUGCACGGGCUUAUUACCUAUCAACGGCUAAGAAUGAACUGGGUGUUGUGUCUGCCGAGAGCUCAGCUGGUGCAGCAAUGGUUCCAAUAAGCUGGACGGAGAUGCAGUGCCCAUUGAUGGGCCAACUCGAGCAGAGGAAGGUGGCGAAGGUCGUAAGUAGGAAAAUUCAAGUCCAAGAAACUAACUUCCAAAACCAUAAAAAAUCCAAACAGCUUCUGGCUUUGAAUAACUCUUUACUUGGAAACAUGUCUUCUUCUUUUUCUCUAUUUCAAUCUCUAACCUUUCCUUCAGCUCCAUGCCCGUCUAAUGCCGUUUUGUUUCACAAUAAUCCCAUCUUUAUCCCCUUCAAAACCACUUUCAACAACUCCAAAACUCUCCACAUCUCAAAACCUCUUGUCGUCCCAUUUGCUCUUACUGAAUCAGACUCUCCCAAGUCCCUUGAACCCGACCUUCAAACCAUUCUCCAACAUGUUUCUGAUAGCUUUGAUCUUCCUUCAGAUUACUUUUCUCAGCUACCGGGUGAUCUUCGAUUAGAUUUGAAUGAUGCAGCUUUUGAUCUUUCAAAUGGACCUGUGAUUGAUGAGUGUGGCUUGGAGUUGGGAGAAGCAUUAUUAAAUCUCUCAAGAGCUUGGGAGUUAGCUGAUACAUCAACUUCCUACAAAAUAGCAAGCAAGUUCCCAUCACUGGUGAACUCCUUGAACGACAGUGCGAAAGCAGCAUGUGGAAGGCGCUUGGUAGCUGCUGGAAGAAGGUUCCAGUCAAUGGGACAGUAUGGUCAAGGGGAACUUCAAAAGAUUGCGAAAGCAAUGGAUGCAGCUGGAAAACUUUUGUCCGCAAGUUCAAUAUCUGCAACAACUGAAGAACAACCAAAAACAGAAACUAGAAUGUUUAAGUUUGGAGAACUUCAGGUUGAGGUAACAUCGGAGAAAGCUAACAUUGGAUCUGCUAUAGGUUUUGUUUUCGGGAUCCUUUCAUGGCAAAUAGCACAGGGCAUCCAAAGUGUUCCAGAGAGUUCGUUGGAAUAUGCAAAUGACAAUGCUCUGGUUCUAGCUAAGUCACUAAGGGGAGCAUUACUUGCACUUGUCUAUUCGUCCACCAUCUUGUCUGUUCUUACCUCGAUCGGACUUUUCUUACUUGGAAGGCAGCUAAAGUCCGAGGGAAAGUAAUCUUCGUAGUUUUCUUGCCUCGAUCUUGCUUGUAAGUUGGCUAGACUCUAACCUCGUUGGAGAACUAUGAUAUUGAGCUUCCAUCAGGAAGAAUGGCAUGGAGGAUCAGGACGUCUUGUGUCUGGUUUGAUCUCAGACUUGAGUCUGUUUGAUGCAAAUUUGUAUAAAUCACGAGCAUAUUGAUUAUUGU